AUGGUCAACAGUGAAUCCGAAGAACAACUUAAAUUUUGUAUGUUACGAUUGGCUGAUAUUGAUAAGCAACCACACAAAAUUUUAAUGCCUAUCAGUGGAUAUGAAGAUUUACCACUUGUUUCUCUAGAACAUGCUGUAACACCACUUAUCUCUCUCAUACCAGAUAUCCAAAAGUAUGCUCACGUGGCUAAACAGAACUGUAACGAACCAGCUGAUGGUUUGACAAGAGACGAAUCAGCUGCAAUUAUGCUUCAUACGAUGAAUUGGGAACCAAUUGAUAAAUGUUUGUAUUUUAAAUUAAAUGAAGCUCUAAGAUCAAAAGAUAGAGUUAGUCUGAAGCCAUGGUUUCUUUUUCUCAAACUAUUCCUAACUGCAUUCCACAAACUUCCAUCUAUUUCACAUCGAACUGUUUACCGAGGUUGCAGGCUUGAUUUGAAGGAAUACUAUAAAGCAGAAAACACAGUGAUAUGGUGGGGUUUUUCAACAUGUACGCCGUCAAUCAGAACUUUAGAAGCAGAACAUAUUGUGGGAAAAACAGGUACAAGAACACUAUUCGUCAUUGAAUGCUACUCAGGAAAAUACAUUGGAAAACAUUCUUAUUAUUCAUCGGACGAUGAAAUCAUACUUAUUCUUCCUGCAACUCAAUUCAUAAUGACUUCAUGUUCUGACGUUGGCUCAGGUCUUUGUAUAGUUAACCUCAAAGAAAUGACGCCUAUCUUUACACUCUUGAAGCCUGUUAAAAUUGACAUUGCACAAGCGGAAUCAGGUGUUUGUAAGUGA